CAACAUGGGAUUUCGCAAGAUCAGUCGUGAUGUGAAACUUGCGGCAAUCCGACUCCAUGAACGGAACCUUCUAAGUCUUCGUGAUAUCCUAGAUUGCUGCGGAUUUUCCAGACGCACUUGGUUUCGGAUUUUGAAGCUCUGGCACGAAACCGGCGAUGUCGAAUAUCGUCCUCAUCGGACCCAUUGGAAUCAAGGUCACUGUCAUGCUCUAGCAGGCUCUUGUGUUUUUUUGGAGGCAGGAAUAGCUAUAAACGGCAUGAUGAUAAUGAAUUACAGGGGAU